AUUAAUGUUUGUUGCAAGUCUUUAUUGUUCUCAUGAAUAACCCUCUUUCCUGCUGAGCACCCGUUGUGUUUAUGUAAAUGCUUGAUGAAUGAGCCGUCUCACACUGAUCCACCGCAGGUGCAGCAGGUGAGCUUGGCCCCGCCCACCUCUCUACCUGUUCGCACCUGCUCAGAACGAAUAAGGUUUCCACCGGUCCGACUAUCCCCCUGCCUCGCCUGCCGCCGUCUCCGUUUAGCUCCGCUUCUGGGUCACAGUUCACAUGUUUCUAAGGUGGAAUGUGGUCUGACCUGGUCCUCGCACGUCGAGUUCACAAAGCAGGUCGUCGGACAUUCGGAACAAAUAUGAAACUUCCUCCCCCGCGUCCCUAGUGAGGCUGCUGCGGUAGGACAAUGGCGGAGGCCCAGGAGCUGUUCUCGGAGCAGGAGUUGACCUGCUCCAUCUGCCUGGACCUGUUCAACGAUCCCGUCUCCACUCCCUGCGGACACAACUUCUGCCAGGCAUGCAUCGGAGGUUACUGGGCGUCCAGCGCGGUCUGCACCUGCCCGCUGUGCAAGCGCCAGUUCGACGAGCGCCCCCAGCUCAGCAUCAACAAAGUCUUCGCGCUGAUCGCCGAUAAAUACAAAGAGGCCCGUUACGGAGCGGCGGGGCUGCCGGUUCCCGCCAGGAACGGGAUGGACACGUCGUCCGCGGCGGGCUUCAGUAGCACCAACCCGUUCCUGAUGGCGCCGCCGGAGGAGCCGGGAGAGGAGGUGGUGUGGUGCGACGUGUGCACGGGCGUGAAAAAGCCGGCCGUCAGCUCCUGCCUCACCUGCACCGCCUCGUACUGCACGGAGCACGUGCAGCCACAUCAAACCACGGCUUUCUACUCCAAACACACACUCAUGGACCCGCAGGAGGCCCUCAAGGGUCGCACAUGCUCCUUACACCACCGCCUGUUGGAGGUUUACUGCCGGACAUGUCAGCGCUGCAUCUGUGCCAUCUGUGUCCUGGAGGAACAUCGGACGCACAAGACCGUCUCCGUCCAAACGGAGAGACUCCACAAACAGAAACUGGUCGCGAGGACGGAGCAGGAGAUCCUGAACCGGAUCAAAGAGAAGGACCUUCGCGUGACCGAGCUGAAGAGGAAACUGGAAGGAGUUCAGAGCUACGGAGACAAGGAGCGAGGCGAGCUGGAGCACCUCCUGGACGAAGUGUCCAGCUCGUUGGACAGGAUCCGGACUCAGGCGGUGGGCAAGAUCCAGAACCAGCUGGACGCCGUGAUGUCAAAGGGGGAGGGGCUGGUGAACCGUCUGGAGACGGAGCUCGAGCAGCUGGUGGACAAGAGGGGCACGCUGGAGGCUCAGGCCAUCAGCCAGGAUCACAUCGCCUUCCUGCAGAGUUACGAGGAGGCCACGGCGCCUCUGGCCGAGGACCCGCAGGACGAGCAGGACAACGACUCGGAGUUCUCCCUCCACUUCCAGCUGGGGGAGCUGAAGGGCAGUCUGUCCGAAGUGAAGGAAAGGCUGGACGAAAUCCGGACGGGGGAUGUCCGCUCCAGGAACUCCAGAGGCUCCUUUUCGUCGGGCGACAUGAUGGCGGCUGAGAGCAUGAUGAGUCUGAGAGCGAGCACGGCCAGUCUGAGGAAGAGCCAGUGGUCUCUGAAAGAUCUGAAGAAAGGUAAACAGGUGUCAGGACACAAGAAGGCUCGAGUCUACAUGGAGGACGUGACGUUGAACCCGGUGACGGCGUAUCCCUUCCUCAUCCUGUCCGAGGACAGGAAGCAGGUGAAGAGAGGAGAGAAGCUGCAGUUCUACAGAAACAGCCAGCAGAGGUUUGACGUCUGGUCCUGCGUCAUCGGCAAGGAGGGGUUCAACACGGGGCGGCACUACUGGGAGGUGUUUGUCGGGGAGAACAAGGACUGGAAGCUGGGUGUGGUCAGCGAGUCGGCCCAGAGGAAAGGCCUGUUCGACAUGAGCCCUCCCAAUGGAUACUACGCCAUCUGGUGGAGCGGCAACCAGCUGAGAGCGCUGACCGCACCGCCUCUGACCAAGGUGAAGAGUCACCACCCGAAGCUGCGACAGGUGGGCGUCUUCCUGGACGUGGACGAGGGUCAGGUGUCCUUCUACAACGUGAAGUCGGGCUCGGAGAUCUACAGCUUCAGCGGAUCCGCCGAGUUCACCGAGAAGAUGUUUCCUCUGCUGGGCACCGGAGACAAGGAGGUGCCCCUGGUCCUCAUGACCACGCAGCACCACCUGGUCUGAGGAGACAGGAGGGACUGACGUACCAACAGAGACUAAUGACACAUGUGGAGACAAAUGGCUUCGUGUUAUUGACACACUCACACACACGACGUCCACGUAAUAAAAUGUUUUUCAUGUUACAACAAGAAUCUCGUUUUCGAUGCCUGUGUUAAAAUACUUGGUUUGUAUUUCUGUGGAGGAUCUACAGAAGCCUGUUUUGACCAGUUUUAAUUUAUCGCUUGUAUUUCAGACGUUCUUAAUCUGCCAAAGUUUUAUUUUGUUUUUGCACAAACAGGCUUCUGUAGUUUUUUUACCAUUCACUUCAGUCAGAGUUGAGUUUUUACUAUGAAUGACUUGAAAUGCAUAACCUAACGACAACUGAUAGUGUAAAUAUUAAGCUAAUAAAGUAACUGUCUUCAAUAAUCUUAAUAAAAUAAUUAAUUUGGUCAAAA